AUGAGUGUGAUACAGAAUACAGUAUACAUAUUUUACAAUCUAAAAUCCGGAGGAAACUGCGCACCACACUUCAAUUCUAGUUCAAUCCAAAAUGUGAUUUUUCAGGAACCUUGCUGCCAAAUUUUUAUUUUCGAUAUCACCAUUGGGGAGAGUGGAUUGAAACCCGGGUUUCUGGAUUUGAAAUCUCGGCUUGAAAAUUUUAAAUGCGAGGUUAGGAUUAUUGUAGUGGGAGGUGAUGGUACUGUACUUUGGUGCUUAUCGGAAUUGGAUGCGCAUGGAAUUAACUAUGAUAAAGUCUCCAUUGGUGUUGUCCCUUACGGCACGGGUAACGACUUUGCCAAUGCAUUUGGUUGGAAAUCCAUUAAACUCUGCAAUUUCUUUGACAAAUACCUUAAAACGCUCAGGAGUGUGGUAAGUACAUUUAUAAAUGCCCCCGUUGUCAAACAUGAUCUAUGGGAAAUAUCUAUCAGCGUAGGCAAGGAUGGGCAUUUUUCCAAAAUAAAUCAAACUAGUAAAUCGGAGGAGAUUAUUUGCGAUAAUCUAUCUACUAUUAAAACACUAAAUUUCACUAUGUGCAACUACUUUAGCAUUGGUGUUGAAUCAAAAAUCGGACGGGGAUACGAUCGAUACAGGGGAUUAUCUCGAUUUAAGAACAAAAGUCGAUAUAUAAUUGAGGGAUUUAAAAAAUUAUUUGCAAAAAGAAUUGAUAUUCGCAAUAUUGUGGAUUAUAUGGAACAAAAAAUUGGUGAUGAAUGGGAACCCGUAUUUACGACUGAAUCUAAUACUGAUGAGCCAAAACUCAAAAAAUCCACUUCCCUUAUUAUUUUAAACAUUCCUAGCUUUUCAUCUGGAUUGAAUCCAUGGAUUACUGAAAAGUAUGGAAUUGAAGGCCCUAAGGUCAAUUUUGACGAUCAAUGUGUUGGCGACGGGAAAUUAGAAAUAUUGACAUAUGGUACUCUUUUUUCAAUUGCUCUCAAUUAUUUAAUCCGUUCCAAUAGAGCUAAAAAGGUUUGUCAAGGCAGUGGCCCAUGGAGGAUCAAAAUUAAGCAACUAUCGCCAAAAUUCAGAGUCUACUUCCAAGUUGAUGGAGAAUUCAGAGUUGCCUACGAACCCACCAUGAUCGAGAUUAAACAUAAAAGGGUCGUUAACGUUAUGUGUGCAAAUGUUUGCGGGUGGAAAAAAUCGUAA